AUGAAUCAAAUUACCAGAAUUUUGAGUAAGACAAGAGACGUCUUGUGGGGUGUUCCACCAUCAGAUCCAAAAGCAAGAAGAUACUUGUUCAAAUUAGAUGUAUUUGUAUUGACUUAUGUUUGCUUAUUGUAUUUUUGUAAUUUCUUGGAUAGACAAGCAUAUUCAUCAUCAUAUCUUUCAGGAAUGGCUGAAGAUUUAAAUAUGAUUAAAAAAGAUUUUAAUAUUGGUAAUACUAUUUUUUAUGUGGGAUUUGUUAUAUCUAUGGUACCUCAUAAUUUAAUGAUGCUUAAAGUUAGACCUAGAUAUUGGUUGACAUUUUGUGCUGGAACUUGGUCUAUUUUAACUUUGAUUAACUUUAGAUUGAAUCAUUUUUAUCAACUUUGUAUAUUAAGAUUUUUUCAAGGUACUUUUGAAAGUUGUAUAUUUGGUGGUGUUCAUUUAAUGUUAGGUACAUAUUAUCCAAAUAAAAAGGAUUUGGUAAUUAGAACUUUUGUUUUCACUGCCAGUGGAUUAGUAGGACAAUUAUUUUCGGGAGUUAUACAAGCUGCUGUUCAUUCAAAUUUGGAUGGGAAACAAGGAUUAGCUGGUUGGAGAUGGUUAUAUAUUAUGGAUUUUAUAAUAAGUUUUCCGAUCGUUAUAUAUGGUUUCAUAUUCUUUCCUGAUUCACCAGAUAUUGCAAAACCAUUUUAUUUUACUGAGGAAGAACAUCAAAUGGCUUUAAAAAAUAUGAAAAAACCUACUCAUGAUAAAUUUGAUAAACAACUUUUGAAAAGAGUUUUUGGUAGAUGGCAUUGGUAUCUUUUUAGUAUGCUUUGGAUCACAGGUGCAUCAAAUGAGGCAUUUGCAUCAAACAGUAUAUUGGGACUUUGGUUGAAAUAUUAUGACUAUUCAAUAUCAGAUAGAAAUCAUAUACCUAUGGGUGUUUAUGCAGUAGGAGUAGUAUCAACAGGUAUAGCAGCGUACUAUAUCAAAAAUGUUGGUAAUGGCAAGAACCAUUGGCAUAUGAAUCUAGCAGUUGCUAUAAUAAUGAUAGUAUCUCCAAUUUUACAAUUAUGCAAACCAUUCAAUACUUCUUUCGUAUUUGCAGCACAAUUCUUAGGUGGAGCAUCGUAUGCGGCCCAGACCGUUUCUUUCGCUUGGGCAAACAUUGUAUGUGCUGAUGAUUUACAAGAAAGAGCAAUCGUCAUAAGUUCAAUGAAUAUGUUAGGAAAUACUAUGAAUGCAUGGUGGUCGAUAGUGUUUUUUGGAGCCGAUACUGCUCCAAGAUUUAGAAAUGGUUCAAUUGCAUUAUUAAGCACAGCCAUUGCUACUAUAUUUGUGGUUUUAGCCAUUGCUUAUUUGCACAAGAGAGAUGAGGAUAGAAUUGGUGGACUCGUUGAACAAAUUGACGAAGAAGAAGUCAUAGAAGGAAUUGAAAAAGAAAUUGAUAGCUCUAUAGAGAGGAAGUAUUGA